GGAGCGCCGGGAGCCGAGCAGCGGGCGCCGGGGUCGGCAUGGCGUGGCCCUGCAUCAGCCGCCUCUGCUGCCUGGCGCGGCGCUGGAACCAGCUGGACCGCUCCGACGUGGCGGUGCCGCUGACCCUGCACAGCUACUCGGAACUCGAGAGCGAGGAGCCGGGCCCGGGCGGCGCCGCCUCGCGCAGGGGCCGGGCCCCCGCCGGCGCUCGGAACCCCGGCCGGGACGUGCCGCUCACUCAGUACCAGCGGGACUUCGGCGUGUGGACGGCGCCCGCGGGGCCCAGAGAUGCGCCGCAGGAGCGAGGGCCAGGGCGGGGCGGCCGGAGGGGCAAGCCCCCCGCGCCCUCCAGCCGGGGGGUCUACGUGCUCCCCAUCGGCGACGCGGACGCGGCUGCAGCGGCGACCACGUCGUACAGACAGGAAUUCCAGGCCUGGACUGGAGUGAAGCCGUCGAGAUCCACAAAGGCGAAACCUGCCACAGUCGUCACAAGCCGCAGCUCGGGAUGGGACAGCAGCCCUGGGGCCAGCUUCCAGGUCCCUGAGGUGAAGAAGUUUGCUCCUAACCCCUCAGCCAUCUUUCAGGCUUCAGCUCCCCGGAUCCUCAACGUGUGACUGCCCAUCGAGAGGCGAGUGCCACGGGCUGGGCCAGAGCCCACAGCCACCAGGGGACUGGGGUGAGAUCUGGGCCCGGACGGUCCCCUGCUGUCAGAGGAGGGGGAAGGGUCCUUCUUUCUCACUGUGGGGCACCACUCCUCUCCAAGCUGCCCCCAGGGCUGCAGGCCUGGCACAGAGCAGAGGCUCAGAUGGACACGGCACCACCCAGCUCAGCUCUGGGCCUCACCCAUCCUCUUCUUCCUCGAGAAGUGUGCAGAAGGCUUCAGAUCUGUUUUUAAUUGAUCAUAAUUUUUGGCCAUCCUUCAGUUUUUAAAUCUGAAGAACUUGAGGAUCAAUUCUAUUGUGAACUGAAUUGGUCCAUGGGGGCUGAGAAAUAUGGACACAACAGUUCCUUGAAAGAAACAAUAACGUCCACUUUGUUGUUUUCCCAGGUUGUAUAAUUUUAUACCCUCUGGUAACCCAAGGUGAUGUCCUUGGAUAUUCCUACAAACGGCCCCACAUGUUCAAGUUGCAGAAGAAAUCAUAGGUUAUCACUGCAU